AUGAACCGUCAUCAUCCCUAUGGAGGAGGAGUUUACGAUAAUUCUGCCAACAGAAGGGGUGGCCCACCAGGGCCUGGGCCGGAUAGAUCUUACCAUCACAGAGGUGGGACGCCUCGUGGAAGAGGAUUCGGCCGUGGCCGAGGCGUCCAGGGUGGAGCAGGUGGUCACUUUGGCAAUUACGAUGGCGGUGUCUCCAACGCAUAUGAUCAAGGGCCGCCUCAAGGCGAUAUGGGCCUCUACAAUAAUUACGACACUGGCUCGCAAGACCCCUUCUACCAGAACGGCAGUGGUAAUUAUGGUAGUGGAAUGCCCUCCGCUCAGUUCAAUGCCCAAACCCAGUCAGAUGGUUACUCCCAGGGCUAUGGUAAUUAUGAAGACGGUCCCGAUGGCAACUAUGACGAAGGUGGAUUUGGUAUGCGACCUCAGAGGCGAACUAGCGAAUCCAACGCGAACGUCCCUGUCGUACUUUGUUUAUACGCAACAUUAAGGCGAGUCAAUGAGUUGGAUGCAGCUCCACGUGUUCUGUAUGAGACGAAUAGUGAGGACGUCCGUCGUUCAUUCGAAGAGCAUGGAGAUAUCAAGACCUUUUUCGAUCUCAUUGCAACGCGGGGAAUGGUUUUCGUGACAUUUUACGAUAUUCGCGCAGCUGAGCGUGCUAGGGAUCGUCUGCAGGGUUCUGAGAUAAGUGGAAGACCCAUUGAUGUUCAUUAUUCUCUUCCACGCGAUGACCAAAAGCAAGGUGGCGAUCGUGACAAGAAUCAGCAAUUUCAGGGCAACCUAAUCGUCACACUUAAGGAUUCUAUUCAGACUAUCGACGAUAAUGAGGUCAGACGUAAAUUUCAACAGUUUGGAGACGUCAAGUCAGUCAUGCCUGUCGGUGAUCGCGCUGAUCAGCGUUAUGUUGAAUUCUAUGAUAUCAGAGCUUGCGAUGAGGCGUUCGAUCGUCUCCGUCACCAAGGGCUGCAAGAUGGAACCAUGGACAUCACCUAUGCAUGGGAGGAGUCUGAGAUUUCUGGUCCUCCUACUCAGCGCCGUGAGCAAAGAUUUGACGGUGGACGGGACUGGGAUGAUGGUGGGCGCGGUUUUCGAGGCCGGGGUCGGGGCAGGGGCCGCGGCGGCGGUGGCCGAGGCCGUGGCUCAUUUGAGGAUUGGGACCGGCGUGAUGACUUUGGCAGGGAUCGUGAUCGCGGGCGCUUUGAAGAUGAAUACAGGGGUGGUGGGCGCGGUGGUGGUGGCGGCGGCGGCGGCCGGGGUGGCUACGGAGACAGAUUUGAUUCCCGCGGUUCUCUCUCAAGUGGACUUGGCUCGGGUUCUGGUUCGUAUAGCGAGCCGGCGAACGUUACUGCAUAUAACCAACCCCCACCAGCAAUAUCUCAGUACAACCAACCCCCGCCAGCAACCACUCAGUAUAACCAGCCCCCACCAGCAGCCACUCAAUAUAGCCAACCCCCUCCAGUGGCCACUCAGUAUCAUCAACCCCCGCCACCAGCCAAUCAAACUGGCACAGGGGAUCGGUUGGAGCAAGCUCGCAAAGUUCAACAACUGCUUGCAGCACUGAAACAACCCCAGAAUGGUUCUACACCAUCUCCCACAAUGCAACAGGGACCCCCAGCACCAGGACCUCCCCCGAGCUCACUUGGGAUGCCCCCUCCACCCCCACAUCAAAACCCAUACUAUGCACCGCCCCCCGUUCAGCAACCCACAGCGCCUUAUCCUCCGCCUGGGCCUAGCGCUAACCCAUAUGCUCAGAUGCCUUCUCAGACACCCACUCCUCAGCCAGGGCAAAUGCACUCUGGAAUACCUGGCUUACCUCCAAAUAUCCUUGCAUUAUUACAACAAUCGCAGGGUCAGCAGGGCCAAGGCACUGCCCCCCAACAGAUGCAAUCGCAAUACGGAAUACCUCCCCCUCCCCCUCAAUCCAUGAUGUCCCCACCUCCCAUGUCUAGCAUGCCACCCGGUGCCCCCCAGCCAGGAACUCCGAAUUAUCAACAAUUAAUGGCCAUACUUGCUUCCCAGAAAAGGUCCUAA